UUUCCAUCUUUUUUUUUCUCAUAAACUUUCGAAGCUAUUGAAUGUGGCCCUCGAGCCGCAAUUCAUCCAAUCUACCUAAACCUAUUUUUACAACCUACGAUUAAACUAAAAACUCAAUGGGACGAUUAGACUGAUUACAUAUGUUAUUUUCCCUUUGAGGGCUUCUCAUAGUCCUUCCAGCUCUGGUCAAUUGCCCUUCUGAAAUUUGCCGCAUGCCUCUCCAAACCGUGUCAUUCUCCAGCUGGCUCCUGUAGUUUACAUACAACUCCCAACGCGAUCUUUCAACGAAACCGAGCUUCUAACGAGCCAAGAUGGCAAAUCGCAAGAUGCUCUCCUUUAAGAGAGCUAUCAUCUUCGCAGCAUUCUUCUUAAUAGCAUUCAUACUGUUACGAAGAUCGCACGCCUCUGCUGAUGAGCCCGAACCCUUCCGGAAACCUCCACCAAAGCCUGCAGACUCAAGCAGCGAACAUGCCGGAGUGUCGCAUAACCCGUCUACUCCCUCUUAUACCCCAGAUGAGAACUCUGCUACGAAAGACAACACAGCCACUGCGCAAAAGGUUCUCCAAGACAUGUCUAAGAUGUCCUUAUAUGAAAAGUUAGCAUACCAAUACCCAUACGAUGUCGAGACCAAGUUUCCAGCCUAUAUCUGGCAAACGUGGAAGUGGACGCCUGCUAGCGGAGAAUUCAACUUCAGGGAUCAGGAAGCCUCGUGGUCGAUGCAGCACCCAGGCUUUGUUCACGAAGUUAUUACCGAUCAAGUCGCCGUACAUUUAUUAAAGUUGCUCUAUGCACCUAUUCCCGAAAUCCUCGAAGCAUACAAUGCGCUACCCCAACCAGUCCUCAAAGCCGACUUCUUCCGUUACCUUAUUCUUCUCGCUCGUGGUGGAAUUUACUCAGACAUCGACACGUACGCUAUUAAAAGCGCUUUGGAAUGGAUUCCAGAGUCCGUGCCAAAGGAAAGCAUAGGGCUGGUUAUCGGUAUCGAGGCAGACCCCGACAGGCCUGACUGGAAAGAUUGGUAUAGCCGGCGCAUUCAAUUCUGCCAAUGGACGAUCCAGGCAAAGCCGGGUCAUCCGGUUCUAAGGGAUAUUGUAUCGCGUAUCACCCAAGAAACCUUGAAGCGCAAACGUGAGGGGACGUUCGUGUCAAAGGAAAAGAGUGUGGUAGAGUUUACUGGUCCUGCUGUCUGGACGGAUGUAAUUUUCGACUACUUCAACGAUCCGCGUUACUUCGACAAAAGCAACAGCCUGGGCAAUGUUUCAUACGCAAACUUCACAGGAAUUGAAAAGCCGAAGAAGGUGGGUGAUGUCAUUGUGCUUCCCAUUACAAGUUUCUCGCCCGGUGUCCAACAAAUGGGAGCAAAGGACUAUGACGACCCAAUGGCAUUUGUCAAACAUGACUUUGAAGGCACCUGGAAGCCUGAAAGCGAACGGCAUAUUGGCGAGACUAACUAGGGGCUAUUAAUUGCGCCCUCUAUACCCUAAACUAAAUUGCCUCCAGGCUAUCGUCUCU